GUUCCGCGCAUGGAGUCUGAGGUGAACCCAGAGGUCUGUAAACAGAAAUGAAACCAGAAACUGACGGAGCUCGGUGAGACAACUGACACAGUUCCAGAUUGAAAAUGCAGCCCUGCUCCUGUGACACCUUCGUGGCUCUGCCCCCCUCCACUGAGGGACAACGCAUCAUUUUUGGGAAGAACUCUGACAGGCCCUGUGAUGAAGUCCAGGAGGUGGUGUAUUUUCCUGCCAGGGACUAUAAUGCAGAGGAGAAGGUGGAGUGUACAUACAUAGAGAUCGAGCAGGCUGCUCACACAUAUGCGGUGGUGUUGAGCAGACCGGCCUGGCUGUGGGGCGCAGAAAUGGGCGCAAAUGAGCACCAAGUGUGUGUUGGAAAUGAAGCAGUGUGGGGCAGAGAGAGUGCUGAUGGUGACGAGGCUCUCCUUGGCAUGGAUCUUGUCAGGCUUGCACUCGAGAGAGCCGACACAGCUGAGAAGGCUGUGGAUGUCAUUACUGAGCUGCUGGAGAAGUACGGCCAGGGAGGAUCUUGCAUGGAGGAUGAGAGUGGCUUCACCUACCACAACAGCUUCCUCAUCUCAGACAGGACGGAGGCAUGGCUGCUGGAAACGGCAGGGAAGUACUGGGCAGCAGAGAGAGUGGAAGAUGGCUAUCGCAAUAUCUCCAACCAGUACGGCAUAACGACUAAGAUAGACAAGGAACACCCAGAAAUGAGGGAGUAUGCAAGAAGCAAGGGCUGGUGGGACGGAAAGACUCAGUUCAACUUUGCCACAGUGUACUCCUUCAUAACUACAGCCAGAAUAGAAGCCGCUGGGAGCCGAUACUGUGAGGGGAAGAAGUUGCUGGAAAUGAGCGACGGUCGCAUAACUGCUGAGACGAUGAUGGACAUCCUGAGGGAUAAAGACAGCGGCAUCAACAUGGAGGGCAUGUUCAUGACAACAGGAAGUAUGGUGUCAGUCAUCCCCAGGGAUCCCUCUCUGCCAGGGGUUCACUAUUUUACGGCAACUCCAGACCCUGAAAGGUCUGUAUUCAAACCUUUCAUCUUUGUGAAAAACCUGAAGCUGCUGAAGGAGACGUCGUCUCCCAGUUACGGUCCAGAUGAUCCUGUGAAGAAGAAGCCCCGCUUCCAGAGCAAGCCCGACCGCAAACAUGAGCUGUUUGUCAAACACGAACUGGUGGCUGCCAUCAUUGAAUCCCACAAGGAGAGAGGAAAGAAGAUCACAGAAAGUAUGAGGUUGCUGGAGAAGGAAAAGAUGACACAGAUGGAGGAGCUCCUUUCGCGCGGCGUUGAGGAACCCGACUUUUUGGUGAAUCUGUUCUGCAACUCUGUUAAGGAGGAGGUGGCUGUUUACAGUAAAAGCUGAUAGGCCUGCUUCUUGUUGGAAUCAACAGAACAGGUCAGCAGUACAGUAUAUGCCUCUGCAGUCUCUGCAAAUUAGCUUUUAGUCAGGUUUAAGUAAACUAAAUUAAGCAGCCCAUGAUACUCAAAAUUUGUGAAUCCCAUGUUGUAUAAUAUGGACAAAAAUGUUCACUUGUGCAUCAAAUCAUUAACCAGAAAUACAGAACAAAGUCACUAUGUGAUACAUGAUAUGAUGGUUGGGCAAUAAAAUUUAUUUUAAAACAUAGCAUAAAUAUGCAGCCUGAGACAGAUUUUUUUCACACCCAUU